ACUUACUAAAGCCUAACCCUCCAACAGUGAACCAAUCAUGUGCAAACAUUGGUAUUAGUAUUGUUACUGCUAUUAUUAAAGAAAUCGUCAACAUGGAAUGUCACACCGCCCCCCCCCUUAGUCGUACAUAGGGAUCGAUGCUGGAAAAUGUUUCUAUUUUGAUGCAUGUUUGACUUUAAAACAUGGAAGACGAGGGAACUUGAAGGUUUGAGAGGUAGACCGCAUGGUCAGGGUAUCGGGGUAUAUAAGGGCUAUUGAAUGUUUGGAAUCCUUAUCGAACUGGUGCUUGUAUUUCAGGGUAUUUAAUAAGGAGGAUAAAUAAUGUUAAAAACGCUAAAAACCUGCAAUCUACUAUUUAAUAAUUUGAGAAUAUAGGUCGGCUAUGGUAAGUCCUUUUCUGUGGGAAGACUCAGCAACUUGUUCUGUUUAUUGUUGAACAGACAGGAAACUCCUUGGAUGCUAUAGUGAUAAAGAAAAUUUUAUUCUCAGCAUCAUCUUUGCCCUAUCAACUGCCGGGCAAUUCUAAAAAGGUAAACAUGACAGUAAAUGCAUGUAUUGAUAGUAAUGCAGCCUGAAAACGACACAAAGAUACAAAAAAGGACGAAUAGAUAUCCUUAAAUGGAAAUCAAUCAUGCUAAAUUAUACCUAUCAUUCCAAAUGGAACGGAAACCAAACUGCUUUGGAAAACUGACAUGCUCAUUAGGAGAGAUUAGCGAGGAGAUGGGCCUUCCUCCAAUAGGACGAGAGAUAGAUCAAAUAUAAAGAAAUCUCUCUUGAAAGGCCGAGUAGCAUUUCAAAAAGGUUACUCUCCAAGCCUUUUUUUACACCGUAACAAAUACUGAUCUUCUGGUUAAACAGUCGCUUGGUGAAAAGGUGUGUACGCUUAUAUUUUACGUUGAUAAAUAUUUAUCAUCAGUUCAGUUCGCACGCCAGAGGUCUCUUUUCUGGAAAUGAGAACUGUUCCUAUUUUUCCUGCGGUUUGCGGUGGGCUAUUGGUCUUGUUACUUAUCAAGAUAGGAUUUGGGCAAACAUCUUCGCAAGACCAAGUUUUGAAUUUGUGAGUAUCACAACAUGUAUUUUUAAAGUACACGACUUUGAGCACUUCCAAAGAUGUCAAGGGAACUAAUACCCCUUGAAGUUUCUUUCCAAGUAUACAUACUUCCGCCUCAGUGAAUAAUAUUGCUUUUUAUAUGAAAUCAUUUGUAGCUAGUAAAGUAGGAUUCAAGUACCUCGUCAAGCGCAUCAACGUAAUUUGAGUAAAAGGCUCAAAAGGCAAAUCCUUAGGCUAUGUAACAAAUUCUCUUAGUAAUUAGAGAACAGUACUGUACUUACUUACUACUUCGCUGCAGUUUGCAAAAGCUGAGGUUUAAAUAUUUACUUUUCCAUGCUUUAUCAAUAUACUCUCCAUUUACUAGUGUUUUAGGAAUGUUACUUAGAAUUUCUUUAGAAUUGGAGACUAGUUGCUACCGUUAAGUAGGGGCGCCAAGAGUUGCAAAAAGUCAAAAGUCGCGAAACAUUAGCUAUUUUAUUCAUCUUUAAAAACACCCCGGUGUGCUUGACCGUGGAAUUACUGCCUUCGCUCCCCCACAAACACUUUUUCCCUCCCACGUUUCCACUACGGAUAGCUCCUUAUCCACUGAAAACACGUACAAGAACUUUUUUUCAAGCGAAGAAAGCACCAAAUAGAUUGCUGGAAGAAUUACCUGCGGCAGCCCUCGCUCGAUCAUUAACUUGUUUUUCUAUGUCAUUAAUUUGAUGUGUAAUACUUUUACCUGUCACUGAUCUGGUACGUGCUUUGAACAUCGAGAAGGCUUUUUUAGAGACAUUGCAGCAACCAAACCCCUCUUCAUGUUCCCCCAAAAAACAGAUAAACAGAUUUUCGUAUUCUUAUUUAAUACGAUUAACGUCCAGCGCGUGCCUUGCUAGCGUGCAAGUAUUUAUAUAACCUCGGAAAAUAUUUACAGAACGACUUAUCCUCUUAAUCCCAAAGACUGUAAGGAAGUACUUAUGGAAGACCACUUUAGUGGUCAGAGUAUGUGUCAAUUUGCUGCAAGAGAUCAAUAUUUCAAUUUGUUUGAUACAAAGAAAAUAUAGAUUAUUAAUUUAGCCAAUUACCUUUUCACACAAAAUUCAGGAAAUCAGAAUUUGGGCUUUGUUUGUUUGUUUUGGAAAGCUUACAGGAAACGGUGCGAGUGAGUAGAAAUAGAAUCUACGAAAAGAAGACAUUGAAAACACUUAGUAAUACAACAAUUUAACUUGUCUUAUUUUCUAAGCUUGGAUGAGUUAGACAAGCUCGCAGGGCCAAAGUCAUACCAAGAAAAUAAAGGUCACUUCUGCAAAUACUUUGAACCCCAUACAAUACGUACUCCACGGAACUACAAGAGACGAACUGUGAAAAGGUUUCAAGUACCAUGCACAGAGGGCGACGAAAAAAUCAAACCAUGCAUAAAAUAUAGGUAAGACAAAGCUAUGUAGAGAUGUUAAACGGAUUCUUACAUAAAGUCACACACUCGACAAGCAGCCAACGUUAUCAACUGUUAGUAAUGACACAAAUUCACUGGUAAUUCGUCCGUUCAACACAAAUCGAAAUGGCGGCUGUGACUGGAUAUCAUGAACUGUUAUAUGGUUUAUAAUUGACUUAGCACUUGCAAUACUUGUCUAGAUAGAGCUUGAGAAGUCAUUCUUUAAGAGCCACUCUUUUAGAAAUUUUCAUAAAGCCAGUUCAUUAUUGUUCCGGGUCGAAUAGACAGGGUAACCACUCUACCAUCAUGAUAGCGCAAUUAAUGCCCCCACACUACCCCAGUGAGGCGACGGAAUCUGCCUUUAUCAGCAAAGUUAGUACAAAAUAUUUACUCAAAGCGUUCUAUCCACUAUGCGAAUAUUUGACUCGUCCUAAAGAAGUUCAUGGCCGGUCUGUACUGUAAGUUAAGGUCCGACGGUUUUGUAACACAAAUAUUUAUUAGCUGAUCAACGGAUCGUUGGUUGGGUUUAUCCGCAGGCCACAGGAAGGGAAACAAAACAGGUCCCUGCGAACUCCUAAACAUCUUGUUGGUAUGAGGAAUGCGGAGUUGAACAAAGUUUUGUUGUUGGGCGGGUCAUCGCGGCAGAGGUCAUAAAUUGAUUCUAGGCUAAACCAGAAAUUAGGAACUAAAGUAUAAAAUAGUGAAACUAAAUGCAAGUACAAGUAAAAUGGGGAUGAAGGGAUUCAGCCAAAAAAUAUUCAAUUUUAAACUGUAUUAAGAAGAAAAUUGUGGGAGAAGCUACACGUGAGUCGAGUAAGAUACCUGCAAAGCGAUACCGUUGUGUUUCAGUUUCAGCCAAGAGGCUUAUAGCUGCUCCUUUAUUGGGUUGUAGAGCCGGAAGACAGCAAUACUAAAUUUAUUAGCUCUUCUACUUAUCUUAAGACGUACAGGUGAAAUUGGUUAACUAACUUUAGAAAUGUGACCUGUGCUUUCCUCAACCGCAAAGCCAGUGACUUGUUUCCGAGAUUAUAAAGUGCAUUUUCGAUUGCAUAUAUACUAACCAGGAAACAAUUUCGAAGAAAUAUUCAUAGCAAGAAAAAAAAUGAGGUAGGCGUAAGUCAUUGGGCAUUUAAAGGAUUUUCUUAGUCUCCACAGUUUCCUGCUGGAGACUGAUAAAGCUUAACACCCAGUAAACGAAGGAAAGUAGUUGUUGUCACUUAGUCAAAACGAGUUACUGGAGACAAGUCUCUACAGACCAAAGUUCAGAGUAGCUCGUCUCGUGUAAAACACUGAAGUCCGGGUUCAGUAUCUCCGUCCUAAGUUGAUUACAUCAGAUUUUAGUGAUCACAUAUCCUGCGGUAAAAUCUCCGUCAGAGAGAUCUCUAAAUUAAGCUUAGGGUUUGACCUCCUUACGAUGCGAUAAAGAAAAUUUUAUAUCUUCCUAUGUUUCAUAUACUUAAGAAUAAUCACGAUAAGCCAUAAAUCCCACGAAACCGUAAACUGGAUUUUCGUUUUGCCCGGCAGGAUACAGCUAUAAAUUACAGUCAGAGAUUUCGUAAAUAGAAACUGGAUUACUUCAAAAAUAAUUUACAGAGUUUAUAAGGAUACUUUUAAGGCCUUGGUUUUAGAGCAACCUGAACAUGUGCAUCUGUAACCGAUUAGUUCACAGUUAUUUGAAACUUUAACCGAAGAGCAUCUAAAAUAUAGCCUGCGAAAACGCUGGGGACGUUUCGCGCGUACGAACAUCUGCGACGUUCCUCCGCGCGAAACGUCCACAGCGGCGAAGAGUGAGGAGAAACGGAUGUUAUCGCAGGCUAUCUAAAAUAAAGCUGCUAUAUUAAAAGUUCUCAGUUGCAUGGACAGGAGAUUGCUUAGUCCCUUGUAAUACUUAGCAUGAUAAGACCCAUGAGUAAAAUAGUUUCUUUUAAUGCCGUCAUUUAGUGGACAUUUUACAGUUAUCUUAAAUAAACGUAUUCAUUGAUUCAUUGACUCAUGCAACCUCAUCCCUGUACAGAGUAGUAUUUGAACCAGAGGUCCGACAAGUGACCAAAUCGAUACUUAGAGGAGUAAGAAGAUGUUGUAAAGGAUGGAAUGGUGUUAACUGUAAUGAGCGUAAGUAGAUUCAUGCUCUUUUGUUUCCUUUCCACCGGGCCCUGGUGACGGAGGGGUACUUUCUCUAUCCCAGGGGGUUAGUGUACAGUAGUCAUAUUCUGCGAAUUGACUUGAUUUUUGAUUUUUUGCGGGAACAAAUUUCUGCUUUUAAAGAUGACUGCAAUUUACGAUAACUUAACUAUGACCUUUCUCGAGAGGGCUAUUCCGUGAUAUUUUUUACUUUUACUUCUUGCCGAGUUACGCUUUGCUCUACUUAGAUAAAGAAUUCCUAUUCUAAACUUUGAUGAAAGGUGUUAUACACCCCUCCCCCCCAAAAAACACAAACACACACUAGACUACGUAGACCAGAAUUUUUUUGAACGUCAGAGUGGAAAUGAAACACUUCGUCGAAAAUUCAUCAUAUUAUCUUAGUAUUGAUAGUACAAAAAAACAGUUUGAUAAUUAAUUGGCCUAAGCUGAUUAAGUAGGAAAAGAAAAGGAAAAGGAAUAAAACUAGCACAAAGGAAGACGACGUUUGUUAAGUUCACGUGGCCAAGAAUUUGUGCCCAACUUAGUGCCCAAGUACUAUCCCCCCCAACCCCCACCUCUCGACCUUGGGUUCGUGCAUUGGCAAUAUUUCCUAAUUCUGGCCUAGGACCAGGUACUUAAUUGAAAAAAGUUAAGUGUGUGCUGAAACUCGUAAGGGGUUGAAGCCUGUAACUCUCUAGCUCUUAUGUUUGCUUUGUCCGAUGCUCGUGAAUUUUCGUUUUCGCAAGUACCAUAUUUGGAACUAGAAGAAAAGAUAACUGACCAAUCAAACUCCGUAAACGACGUUAUGUAAUCUUACUUCGCGUUCUAGGGAGGGAACCUGACGGGGCUCAAGCAACAUCGAUGGCGAUAGCAACAAAAACGUCACUUAAAAAGUGUAUCGCUGCUUUAAACUUUAAUGUGCUUAUUCCAUCUCGUUUAGUUCGUCUAAAUACUGUAUCGAAGUUCAGGAAAAGGAAAAGAAAGUCGCUUUAUUGUGUUUUCGCCCUCCUAAGGGCACUUUCAUGUCGUAGUCAUGCAGUAACGGCAAAGAAUUGCUCAUAAAAGAGUGUUGGACGUGCAAAGAUGUUGUUAAAACUUGUGCUUUUUUGAGGCCGCAGCGAGGGUUUUCAAAUAGGGUUCUUAGAAAAAAUUAACAUUCACGAGCAUUGAACCCGAGUUACACGUGUCAACCCCAUAUGAGUUUCUGGUGAGUGUACACACAACCUCGUUCCUAGGUUUCUCUCCCAGCCCUUCCUACGGAGCGAGCAACUGUACUUUCCCACCAUACCCGUGCACUAAGUGUGCACACAACCUUUAAUACGCUUUCAAUAUUUUGUUUCCCAAAUCGAGAAAUUAAUAUUCGCGCAACAUGGCUUCCAAAUUUUCGAAAAAUUUAGUGUGCGUAAAAAUAAAUAGCUAAAACGUAAAAUAGGUGCUUUAGUUUAGAUGAAUGUUCUAUCACAAAUCUAACUGCACGGUAAACCGGCGUGCUAGUGAGAAUAAGUUUUAAACUAAGGUAGUUUCAUUUUUUAUUUGGUGGAUAUUGUUUUAAAAGUUUUCCUUUUAUGCUAAUCUUAAAUAAGCCUUUAAUUCUGAAAACGAUUUAUGAAAUUGAAAGUUUCCUAAUAUAAGAUUAUUAUUAUUAAAACGCACACAUCUUCUUGUACGCGAAUCUAAGGAUUCAGUCGAGUAUUUGUUUUGGCCAUUUUUAAGUUUGUGUUUUCGUUAUCAUGUUUUCAAAGGUGAGAAGGAGGUUCCUUUGAAUGAAAAGAGGCAAUUUGUGCAGGAUACACCAAGUGCAGCCAGUGGGUAUUUCAGUUUUUUGUCUAUAGGCGAAUCUUUGCUGACGUCAUUGUUUACAUUUUUGCUUAUUAGCAUACGAGUUAAUCCAUAGAAGGAGUCACCGUAUCUACAAUUGAAUUUACAAUUUGAAAGAGUUGGUGCAUUAUGGUCUAUGUGAAAAUGGUGACUCGUAUCUAGAUCAGAUUCCAGUUGUGUUGAAUCUGUCUUCGUCUCUCUUUCAAACCUUUACGGGACUAAUUUGGGUUAGCGGCACUGAACUCUGUACAUUCAUGUUUUACGGUUCAUAUUCUUGAAACCACUACCCUUCCAAAGACCCUGCAACAUAAAAACCUUUGAUUUAGAAAAACGACAGGUGGAAACCUUGUUAUUUUGCAAACUCAAACUCAUACUAUCCAAGAAAACAACGUUCCAGUUCUCAUAUGGGGUUAUGAAAUGCAUCAUCAAAAAUAUUUGCUUGGCAUAUGUUUAGGCUUCUAAAUGUUGAUGAGCUAUCGACUCUCACUCCUUUUCAGAGACCUGUAUUCCAUCUUGUCAAAACAACGGGUUGUGUUCACACGGUUUGUGUUUUUGCUUGCCUGGCUACACGGGAAAAUCUUGCGAAAAAGGUUUGUAA